CUUCUUUUCUUUUUCUGCGCUGCUGCAACUCUCGUGUCGCUAAUUAUUAUUGCCGUUGUCAAUUCCCAACUGCUGUCGCGUGGAAGACUGUUGAUUCCUGUUGCUUGUAUCUGUGUUGUUGAGGUGGCAAACCAGUCAUCCCGUGGAAUUUUCAACGCCAUGACGGAUCAACAUAAGCAGCCUACCGAUGAUGAUGCGCAAUUGGCAGCCAUGGGCCACAAGGCCGAACUGCAGCGCAAUUUCUCAAUGCUGUCGAUGCUGGGUCUUGCAUUUGCUAUUCUGAAUUCAUGGACCGCUCUUUCCUCGAGUUUAUCCCUAAGUUUGCCAUCCGGCGGGAGCAGCAGUGUCGUUUGGGGUCUGGUUACUGCUGGUAUCUGCAAUUUGUCUAUUGCGGCAUCUUUGGCCGAAUUCAUUUCUGCCUAUCCUACCGCUGGUGGGCAAUACCAUUGGGUUGCUGUCUCAUGGAAGAAAUGGAUCCCCAUUCUGUCAUUCGUCACCGGAUGGAUCAAUUGCGCUGGAUGGGUUGCUCUUGUCGCUACCGCCGGCCUCCUAGCCAGCCAGCUCAUCAUUGGUGUUAUUUCUUUGAUGCACCCGAGCUAUGUCGCCGAGCGAUGGCAUCAAUUCCUGAUCUACAUUGGAUACAACCUCGUCGCUUUCUUUGUCAACGCGUUUAUGAACUCUACCUUGCCAUUUGUGACACGAGCCGCCUUCAUCUGGUCUAUUGGUGGCUUCGUGGUCAUUUCCAUUGCCGUGCUGGCAUGCUCUUCACCAAACUACAGUUCCGGAGACUUCGUGUUUCGUGAGUUCUUGAACCAGACUGGAUGGCCCGACGGCAUUGCCUGGCUUCUGGGACUGCUCCAAGGCGGGUUCGGAAUUACGGGCUAUGAUGCCGUGGCGCAUAUGAUCGAGGAGAUUCCCAAUGCGUCUAUUGUAGGCCCCAAGAUCAUGAUUUACUGCGUUUGCAUCGGCACUUUCACCGGCUCUGUCUUCUUGGUUGUCUUACUUUUCGUACCGGGAGAUAUCAACGAUAUCAUCAGCUCCUCAGCCGGCCCGCUACUCCAGAUCCUUUACAACGCAACAAAAAGCAACGCCGGAGCUAUCUGUCUUCUCAUCAUUCCUUUGGUCUGCUUGCUCUUCACUGCAACUUCUAUCAUGACAACUAGCAGCCGCAUGAUUUACGCUUUCGCUCGAGACGGCGGUCUUCCUGCAUCUCCAUUCUUUUCCCGUGUUCACCUGAAGCUGAAGGUCCCUUUGAACGCCUUGUACUUGACUACUGUGUUGGUCAUCAUUUUUGGUCUCAUUUUCCUCGGUUCUUCAAGUGCGUUCAACGCUAUCAUUUCCGUCUCUGUAGUUGCCCUUGACUUGUCCUACGGCAUCCCUAUCUUCAUUAAUGUCGUCCGCGGCCGGAGAAUGAUCGCUGAGAGCCCUUGGAAAAUGCCCGAGCCACUUGCUUGGACUGCCAAUAUCAUUUCUCUCGUCUACAUCGCACUCACUACGGUCCUCUUUCUCUUCCCGCCAGAAUUACCGGUCACCGGCAGUAACAUGAACUACUGUGUCGUCGUCUUCGGUAUUGUCGUUAUCGUCUCCACCUUCCAAUGGAUCGUCGACGGACGGAAGAACUUUACCGGCCCUAGGAUCAAUCUUGACGAGCUGGCUAAUGGUGUUACCAUUGGAGAAGCACCGCUUGACCAACAGGUAUCGAGAUUUGAGGGAGAGGGGGAGAAAAAAGCCGCUGAUGCAUCGAUUUAGAGUUCUUUUCUGUGUAGCUUAUUCUGUACAAAUACGGUUGUAUUUAGUAAGUGAUGGUGUUGAAAAUUUGAAUGCUAUUUUUAUUU